AUGCCCCUCGACCCAUUCACAGCCUUGUCUGUUGCAGCGGAAGUGGUUCAAUUUGUCGAUUUCAGCAUCACGAUUGUGUCGAAAGGCCACAAGCUCGCCAUGUCUAGAACCAGUCAAUUACAGGAACAUGAACAUAUGGAAGCCGCAGCGAAGCGUCUUCGUGAUGCUACGCGGCGUAUUGACCUCCUACUCACUGCAUCACCCGAGAGUGAUGCUGACCGGGCCUUGAAAACUAUCUGCAAUGGCUGCAAGGACGUUUCUAACGAGCUCAGCAACGAAUUGUCAAAGCUUAAAGUACCUGCAGGAUGCAAUUACCGUUACUGGAAAAGCUUCCGCCAGGGGCUCAAGAGUGUGUGGGGAAAAUCAAAGCUCGAGGCUGUGAAUGAGAGACUCGCGGAGCUCAGACAAGACCUCACGAUUCAUGUUUCAGACCGACGUUUCUCCCUUCUGGAACAACAUGUAAAACAGACGAUGAAAGAGAUGCUAGGGGUUGCCCAGACUGUGGGGGGUUAUGCACACCAUUUCAACACGUCCAUCAACAGCUACCUAUUCACACAGUCCGCUCUUGAAGACAAAUCUCAAAUACAACGACUCAGGGAUGAGAAAUGGCAGGCGACAUCGUCAACUAUAAUGAGAAACUUACGAUUUGCUUCCAUCCAUGCCCGCCUCGAUGCAAUAACCACUGCGCAUAAGAAAACCUUUGAAUGGAUAUUCGAAGAAUACAACGACUACACAAGGUGGCUGCAAAGUGGAACGGGAAUGUACUGGAUCCAAGGAAAAGCAGCUUUUGGGAAAUCCACGUUGAUGCAUUUUAUUGCUACGCAUGAGAAGACUAUGCGGAAUCUUCGAAUAUGGUCUGGAAGUUCUUCUCUCGUUGUGCUCAGAUUCUAUUUCUGGAAUAGCGGCGAUCAUGAGCAACGGUCUUUGACCGGUCUACUCCGGUCUUUGCUAUUUGAAAUCCUCGCCGGUCAUGGAAGUGCUAUUCAUUACGUUUUCCCUUCCGAAUGGAGCGAGUUCUAUCAAUACAAUAUUGAACCUCAACCAUGGAGGCUGCCGAACCUACAGAAAGCUCUCACCGCUGCCAUUCGAUACCUGAGCUCCGAUUUCAAGAUUUGCUUCUUCAUCGAUGGUCUUGACGAAUAUGAGGGCGACCAUGUCGAGUUAACAAGCCUCUUCAAGAAACUAGCUGAUGAUCAUGAUCACAUCAAGUUCUGCGUAUCAAGUCGACCAUGGACCCAAUUUGACGAAUUUGCCUCAAACGCACCCCAUUUGAUGCUUCAAGACUUGACGAAGGAUGACAUCGAGGCAUAUGUUGUGGACAAUCUGGGCAAGAACCAAAAGAUGCUUCAAUUAUCCGACGAAGAUCCAGAUUCUGUCCAUGAGCUUAUAAAUGAGAUUGUUGAGAGGGCGUCGGGUGUAUUUCUGUGGGUGGAGAUCGUAGUAAAAUCUCUGAUGAAUGGAUUAAGAAACUCGGACGAUAUCUCGCGGCUCCAAAGACGACUUCAAGCAGUGCCAAAAGAUCUCGAAAAUCUGUACGAACAUAUGCUCAAAGGCAUUGAGGAUUUCUACAAGGAGGAUGCCUCUAUUGUCUUUGAGAUAUUCCGGAUGGCGCGAAUUGACCCAAUUCCUGAACGAUCGUUCAACAUCCCUGCCUUGUACAGAGUACUAGAGGCAGAUUUCAGAACCGCAACGAGUAAAAAGAUCGAGCCGCGCUCCGAGGAGGAAUACGCUCAAAUCAAGCGGUUCAAAGCCUACCAGGGUCUUGAAAUAUGGCUCAGAAAUUGCUGCAAAGGUCUCCUUGAGGUUGAUGUCGUCCUGGAAGACGAUCUGGAAGUGGUUAGGAACGAGCUCAGAUUUCCGCCCAUACGGUACAUGCAUCGUACUGUCAAGGAUUACCUAGAAGAAAUUCCUGUGCGCCAGCACCUAUCGAGCUUCAUCAAAGACCCAACAGUUGGUUCGAAUCUUUCUUUCCUGGUAUCAGACAUCAUAGAGCUCAAGGAAAUGAGCCCG